AUUUCUCAUUCUAUAUUUCAUGGGUCGUUACAGGAAUCAUUGAAAUCUUCAGAAAGCGAUGGAGAAGAAUUUAAUUGUCCUAAAUGUAACAUGACUUUUGCUGCUGAUUAUGCUUUCAUGACACACUUUGAAAUAGUACAUGUACGAAAGCGACAAUAG